AUGGUGAUGAGAGAGAUGCGAAAGUCCUUCAAGGAUUCUCUCAAAGCUCUUGAAGCUGAUAUUCAAUUUGCCAAUACUCUAGCUUCUGAUUAUCCAAGAGGAAAUGAUGGAGUCUGCUUUCAAAUGAGAUUGUCUUAUAGCCCAGCUGCUCAGUUUCUUCUUUUUCUAGUUCAGUGGACUGAUUGCCAUCUCGCCGGAUUCUUAGGAUUGCUUAGAAUUCUCAUCUCCGAGGCAUAUGAUGAAGGGAAGAAAACCACCAUUUAUGAAAGAAAAGCUAGUCUAAAGGAGUUCUAUGGUUUGAUCUUUCCGUCUUUAUUACAACUCAAGGGAGGAAUCACUGAGGUAGAGGAGAGGAAACAAAAAGAUUUAUGCGCUACAAAGUACAAACCGAAAGAUGUGAUUAAAAAAGGAAAGCCAUAUGAAAUUGAUAUAGAGAGAGAAGAAGAAUGUCCUAUUUGUAUGGAGAUGAACAACAAAUUUGUGUUGCCAAAUUGCAACCAUUUUUUGUGUAUGAAAUGCUAUAAUGACUGGUAA